AUGUCGUCCCCAGUGCUUUCACCGGACCAGGCGCGAGCGCUGUUUGAUAUCCUUACCCACAGGGAGACCUACUCUGAAAUAGAAAACUUCAAGUGGCCGGAUGCCAUCCACAAAUACGGCCAUCCGUUCACGCUAGACAAGGGAACCACAUCAACAUCCCCCGUCCUGCAAAUACUGCUCUCCAAGUUCGUUUUAGAGCUUCCGGGCUUGCGUGACGUUUCAGACGCGUUUUGGCAAGAGCGAUGCCAGACAAUAAUAGAGAAGCUUGGAGCAGCAGAGCUCUCCGAAAGCUACGACAAGGGUGCCUUAGGCCUUCGGAAGUCCCUUGCUACAGCAAUCUCGGCCUUGAUUGAGUAUCCUGCAAGGGGUUGUCUGGGUGGCUUUCCGACUCGCGAGGUGCAGGCGGACCGCAGGUACGACACUUCAAAGCCGGAAGAUGUCGUGCAAGCAUGGGACGACUUCCUCCAGCAAUUGGUCUACGGGGACCUGAUUGAUGUGCUGUUCAAGAAGGCCGCAGAGACAGACAACCUCAAGGAGCACCCGUCGCUUGUGCAAGCAGCUCACGAAUUUGUGAUUGUCAACUUAGGGUCGCUGUUACAUCAUGUGAUAGUGCUAUCUCCGGACGGACAGUACCUAAUCAGGACCGUUGAGAAUGUCCACAAGCUCGUUCCCUAUACUCUGAUCCGCCAGACUCUCCGAGUCGGCAAUGCUGCAACCAUGAUCAAUGGCAUGGUGAAGCUUAUGCUAGCCAAAGUCAGUGUCGGAACAUUCACGAACUGGAUGGGUAUCAGUCAAGGCGCCGAUGAAGGAAUGAAUUUAAUGCAACAAAUCAUAUCCACCGUCAUGGGCUGGGACAUUAAGGAGUUCCAGAAGCGGGCAUUGAAGCUCGAGAAGAGCAAGGACAGCCCCGGCAAGGAGUAUCUGGACUCUAUCAAGGCGCAUGUGAAAUUGAGCCGAGAGGAACAUGAGAAGCGCAGGAAGCUCAGCCAGAAGAAAGAAAAGUCAAUAGUAGCCGUCAUUUUUGAGUCCGCUUCUCUGGAUACGUCCUCGGUGUCGGAGGCACAGUACGCCAAGGCUCUUGAGUAUCUUACGGUUCAGCUCUCAAUCCGCGACCGGGAGGAGCUCACCAAGAUCUUCUGCAAGAUGCAACCCGACUUACUGACGCAAGCCGUUCGAGACCUUGUGGCCGCCUACGAUCCGAUCAUCCGCGACGUCCACAACGCUGUUGACCUCAGCGCCACGCUGACCGAUCUCGAGAACUUUCUGAACGAUCUGAUCAAGUUAUCAAGGCCCCCGACCGUAAGAAAAGAGAAGAAGCCCAAGAGUGGCAGUGCACCCUCGUCGGCAACAACUUCCGGAGACGAAUCGUCAACAGAAUCGAGAAUGAAGCCAAUGCCUUCUGUAGAGGAAUACGUGAGACUCCUGAAGAAGCAUCAGGGUGCCUCCCACCGCUUUCUGCAUCAGGUCUGCAAGAACGGUCCACAGAUCGCGCAAUGGUUCCGGGACUAUGCACACCACGCCGCCUCCCAGUUCCGCCCAUCCACACAAGGCACCAACGAUGAGCGAAAAGCCGGAUCCAGAGGAGCGGGCACCAUGACGCCCAGUCUCGAGUCAAUCUUCUCCAACCUUCCCGAAUCUAAGGCUAAGGACGUGCUGCCGAAGCUCGACUCCCACGCCGAAUAUCUCAAGAGCCUUUCUGACGCCUCGGCCGCACGUAUGAAGGCAAUUCUAUCGAGCAGCAAGAAUACAAACUACGGCCCGGGCAUAUACCUAGCUAAAUGGCAAGAGCUACUGAAUGCUACGCCGAUUACGCCGCUGGCAGCGAAGGGACCGGUAAGGAGCGGGACUUCCAAGGAUGUCCGGGAGGCGGGAGCCAUAGAUGUAGAUGGGGAGACGAAGAGCCACGGAUCGGUCGAGGUGGCGAAAGGCCAGGGCAAGGGGAAGGAGCCAGAGGCGCCGGACGUCAGCGACGUUGUCAAGCUGCUCGGGCCUAAGUUUAGGGAAAUGCUGGCUAGUAGAGUAGAGGUUUGA